GCUGCCGCGGAGCGCAGGCAGCAGGUGCGCCUCGUCGGCCAGCGCGGCGGCGGCUCAUGAUGUGCCUGGAGAGCGACGGCGCGUCCGGCGGCGGCUGCAGCGGGCGGCGGCUCCGCGUCUCGGCCGCCACGGCUGGCGGGGCCGGCGACGACGAGGAUGAGGACGACGGCGGCGGCGGCGGCGAGGAGGAGCGGGGCUGCUGUGGCGGCGGCCGGGGCGCCGAGGUGCAGACCCUCUCCGGGGCUGUCCAGGCACCCGGCGGCGGCGGCACUGGCGGGGCCAAGAGCAGCGGCGACGGCGCGGCGGCGGAGAAGGCAGGGGCGGCCGCGGGCGCCGCGCCCCCCAGCCUGGGCAGAGCCCGCGUGGCCGCCGCCGCCAUCCUCAGCGUCGGCAACGUCCUCAAUUACCUGGACAGGUACACCGUGGCAGGUGUUUUGCUAGACAUUCAGCAACAUUUUGGUGUCAAAGACAGUGGAGCCGGCUUGCUGCAGACCGUGUUCAUCUGUAGCUUCAUGGUGGCGGCCCCGAUAUUCGGCUACCUUGGCGACCGUUUCAACAGGAAGGUUAUUCUCAGCUGUGGCAUCUUCUUUUGGUCAGCCAUCACCUUUUCCAGCUCCUUCAUCACUGAACAGUAUUUCUGGCUCUUUGUCCUCUCGCGAGCCUUGGUGGGCAUCGGCGAAGCCAGCUAUUCCACCAUCGCCCCCACCAUCAUCGGAGACCUCUUCACCAAAAACACCCGGACGCUCAUGCUGUCGGUCUUCUACUUUGCGAUCCCUUUGGGAAGUGGUUUAGGAUACAUCACUGGAUCGAGCGUCAAGCAAGUGGCUGGUGACUGGCACUGGGCCCUACGGGUCUCCCCCCUUUUAGGUAUGAUCACCGGCACGCUCAUCUUAAUAUUUGUUCCAGCUGCUAAGAGAGGCAAUGUGGAGCAGUUGGGGGCGCAGCUGAAGGCUCGGACCUCGUGGCUCAGAGACAUGAAGGCCUUGAUAAGAAACCGCAGCUACGUCUUCUCCUCUCUGGCUACCUCGGCCGUCUCCUUCGCCACGGGGGCUCUGGGGAUGUGGAUCCCCCUCUACCUCCACCGGGCACAGGUUGUCCAGAAAACGGCAGAGACUUGCACAUCGCAGCCGUGUGGAACCAGGGACAGCUUGAUCUUCGGAGCUAUCACAUGCUUCACCGGAUUUCUGGGGGUGAUCACUGGAGCCGGGGCGACCAAGUGGUGCCGUCUGAAGACGCAGCGGGCGGAUCCCCUUGUCUGUGCCGUUGGGAUGCUGGGUUCGGCCAUAUUCACUUGCCUGAUCUUCGUUGCGGCCAAAAGCAGCAUUGUGGGAGCCUACGUCUGCAUUUUCAUCGGCGAAACGCUUUUGUUUUCUAACUGGGCCAUCACAGCUGACAUACUGAUGUACGUGGUUAUUCCUACACGCCGGGCCACUGCAGUAGCUUUGCAGAGCUUCACCUCACACCUUCUGGGAGACGCUGGGAGCCCGUAUCUGAUUGGAUUUAUCUCUGAUGUGAUACGGCAGAGCACAAAAGAAUCACCGCUCUGGGAGUUCCUCAGCUUAGGCUACGCGCUCAUGCUGUGCCCUUUCGUCGUCGUCCUGGGGGGGAUGUUUUUCCUCGCCACAGCCCUCUUCUUCUUAAGCGAUCGAGCCAGAGCAGAGCAACAAGUAGAUCAACUCAUGAUGCCUCCAGCCUCUGUGAAAGUCUAAGGCGCUGACGUCCCGGACGAUGAAGGAAAGCUUUUGUGAGCUUCGGCUUCCACAAAGCCCUGAAAUGAGCACCUGCAGGAGACCUCCCCUGCUCCACCCUCCCCAAACUUGGAGCCAAGGAAAAGUCAGGCCGGGGGGGGGGGAGAGGGACCCCUUAUGCAGCGAGAUGGUGCUGCCACAGCUCAGCCCCAGAGGGUGUCUGUUGGAGCACAUCUGGACAGACACCAAGGCCUGUGCUCGUGGUCCUCCUAAGCAGGGGUGCCCGUGUCAACCCCAGCCCGGAGGGAGGGACGUUUCCAGCUUAGCACCCUUCCCCAGCCACCCCCAACAGGAGACACCUGGAGACUGUGUGUCCAGCUUUACUUUGAGUUGACGGAGAUGUUCACUUUUGAUCAGCGGCAUAAACUUUCCGACCCCGUUGAAGACACUGCCACUUUUGCCAGAGACGUCCGUUCAACUUGGAGAAGGAUUCUGGUGGCGAAAGCCUCCAUCUGUUUUGUAUUAUUUAAUCGCAUGGCGUAGGAUGCUUUCUUUCUGCCGAAGGUCAAAAGGAUUGGACUGGGUGGACGAGUAUACAUAUCUGUCUCAUUUAACAGUGUUGUUUGCACUAGCAGUAAACUGCUGGAGCUACCUCAGGCCCACUGUCGGGUUUGGUCUUGACCAGGAAUUUGGGGUUGAGCUUUCCACUGGGGGAAUCCGGGCGCAAUUUCAAACCGCUUGAAGGGUGGGAAGAAGCAACGGCAAAAGAGGUGCUGUGGACCAUUCUAGCCUAGAAUGUUCACCACCUGCGGAUGGUCCUCCAGGUCAGAAAAGUGGCUGCCUAGAGUGUCUAUUUUCCAAGGCAGUAUCCUCCAUCCUCCUUUAUUCAAUGCAGGGAAUGCAAGAUGGUUGCUGCUUUUCUGUCUGCACAGGAGCAAGGCAGAAAGGAACAGCCUCCACUUCAGCUCUGUAUUUUCACUGGCUGUUGAAAUGCUUUCCUGCGGAAAUUACUAACUAAAGGAGUCGGCAACUGCUAGGCUGAUGUCGAUGCACUCUUUGAAAGGGAGGGCAGGUGGCGGUGCCAUAUUAAACCCAUCUCCAGUCUCCGCUGUUUGAUUCAGAGGGGACAGCAAAAGAUUUGUGUCUUCAGCAAGAACUGGAUUGGCUCCCACCAGCAGAAAGGAAGAGAGGAUUUGCAGGGUGAUUUCUGUUCCAAAAGAUCUUGAGUUGGAUUUAGUUUCAGGCACCUCCUGAUCAAGUUCUUUCUCUCUCACACACACAUAUUCAGGAGUCUUUAACUUGCGUUCCACCUGUAACUAGUGCAAUAUAGUUAAUUCCUUUAGGGGUCAGGGGGCACUUCAAAGAGCUUUAGCAUCUUCGGGGGGCAGUGGGUGUGCCCAGUUGCAUGGACAACACCCUUACGGCACAUGGCCCCAGUUCCCGUGACAGAAAGUGUCAACCCCAAAAGGAGAUCCUUCCUCUUCAACUUCCUGCGUUGCACUGGUGCUACAAGCGUUCUUUAGGCAUUCUCCAUCUGAGUUAAGGAGAAUAGGCAAGGGAGGGGGAGCAGAAAUGAACACACUACCUCCACACAUACCCAUUGCCGGUCCUGUGUUGGAGGGCAAAUGUUUGAAGCAAGGAGCCUCUUCUAUGCGUGAACCCGCUUAGAAACCUGGAAGAUGAGGGCUGUAAAAGGUGCGGCGUGGGGACAGGAAUAGUGAUUUCCCCCUCACCCAUUGACUCGACUUGUAUGCACAGUAUCUGAAGAGAGCUACAGGCGCAUGGGAAUCCACCCUGGAGAGAGAGACUGAGAAGUACAAAACUAGGAAAUGAGUUGAAACUAGGUUUUACUGUUUAUUAAGACCAUUCCACUCUCGCCAGUGAAAAGCUGCAGGCCAGCGUCAACGUUGCACCAAACGUCUUUGAGAGAGAGAAGGGGGUGGGGCAGGGAGGAGAGUCUCAUGCGCAGGUGCGCACUGGUGUUGGGACAGACAGAAAUGCAAAUAGGCCUGAGGGGUGUGUGAAUUUCAGCCAUAGAGGAAUGUUAGAAAGGUGCACUCUCGGAUCAGCAUCUAGAAGGUUAAAGCAUAACCAUGCAGGCUGGGAACAUAAUAUUGACACCACCCACCCAACUACCCAUAUUCCACCUUUCAUCCACCUCUGAUGGCAGCAGCUUUGUCAUUUUGCUCUGUUCAUCGUAGUUUUUCUUGUAAAGAGACACUUAAAACAAUCACUUUGACCAUGGGAAAGGGAUGGAAAUGUCAUGUACGUUUUCUUGUUAUACAAGGCAGGACUCAAAACAGUUUUCUGAUUUUCUUUCAGAAGCAAAAAAAAAAAAGAGAGAGACAAAAAUGGCUAUUUUAUUUUUUAAGAGCAAUGAAAUUGAUUAUGGAUCUCAGAGUAUAAGACAAAUAGUCAAAUAUAUAUAAAUCUAUCUAUAUAAAUAUAUGCAUACGUCGUGAUGUAAAUUAUGAAAUAAAAAGUAU